AUGAUGGUCAAUGCCCCAACGUUAGUCGCUCAAGGUCCAGUUCAGCAAUGGCUUGAUAUUCAGCGGCGUUUCCGGGACAAAUCGAAACCGUGUCCUGACUUGGCUCAACAGCUACCAUGCUUCGCCUCUCGUUCUUUCGAGGAUCUCGAUAUUCUGGCCACUGGUACCUUUCGGAAACUUCCACGGAUCCAAAACUCCGCUUGGGACUCAGACUUUGUGGCUGGCUGCAUUUUACACGAAAAUCAACCCACACAGAUCGCGAUUAAGUUUCGGAUAAAGCUUUCUGGACCUUGUUAUUCGCUAUCCACCCUAAAACGACUGCUCUUUGACCUCUACGAGCACAUAAUUCUCUUAGACCAGUGGCCGAUCUCGCGGCUCGCUUGCUCAACUUUCUGGUGCUAUGAGGGACUCAAUUACACUCGAGGCGUGUCGCUGAAUACUGCGACAGUAUUCAAAGAAAUAUUCAAAUUUGCUCGCUCGCCUCCAAAACAAACUCAUUUGCUGCAACAGUCCAAUUCUCCGUAUCAAGUUCGCAAUGCCUCGUAUCCGUUACUCAAACAGGUCAAUGAUCAUGUACCACGAGAAUGACGUUAUAUUAAAGAGGACAGAAGCUCGUUCCAGAGCCUUUCAAGCAUCACUUGAAACCGUUGGGGAGUUCACCACUCUUUCCAAGCAGAUAGAAAUAAAGAAGCUUAUGAUAGCCGACGACCCGGACUUUCGAAAUGUGAACAGAACGUUACAUGAAGUCAGGAAAUCCGCACGCCCCAAUGAGGCUUCUGUGGGAAUUGCUCCAGGAACAGACAUGGAUGCAACUGCAGUGAACGCGAGAAUCGUGACGACAGUCGGACCGAAGGAAGUGGGCAGCGGUCACGCGGGACUUGGGACUGACGGUAUCAACACUGUUAUGUCGGAGAAGGCUCGGGGUAAGAUGCGCGAAACUGGACGAGAAUGGCGUUCCUGCGACAGAGAAAACGAUAGUGCUGUCCCAAUUCAAAAUGGUACCACGUUGAGACGGAAUGAUGUGACACGACAAGAAGAUACUCCGUCAACAAGUACAAGUGAGAUCCUCAGAAGGCUUCAAGAAGCGGCCAGGCGAGUUGGUCAAGAGGUUAUCAGGGCCUACAAAGAACAAUGCCGCAAUGGCAAGAGGCAUACAAGACCUUUGAUAGGACCCUGUGGGAAUGACAUGUUACCUAUUCUUGAACGUUUAUAUCGCGAACAGGGACGAAGCGGAAACGACUUGUUGAAAGAGUAUGUCCUCUGUCAGACAUGCCGUACGGUAGUAAGGAACAACCCCGAUUUGAUUCAUCAGCACAUAGCGAGCCAUUAUCCGAAAGCAUACUUCUGCCCAGUUUGUCGGCAGUCCUACGGAUCUGUCGAUUCUCUUGUGUAUCACCUGCUUUACCUGAAGAAGGCAUGCAUAAAAAAGGAGCGGGCGAAGCAAUUUGGCCUCAAAGCCGACCAUCCAGAGUGGCUCGUCCGUACAAUCUGUUCGGCUUACCUCAAUGUGUACUUCUUAGGCGGCAUGGAAUCAUUCGAGAUGCCCGAUGAUCUCUUCACAUUGCUGGCUGGUCGAGAACGAAAUACUCCGGUUGGGAUUGUUUGUCAUAUCGUGAACUAUGAAGGAACAUGA